UGGGUGAUUUCGAAUGAUCCGCCAUUUUGUAACCAUCACCAAAACUUCGUAGAAUACGCUUCAAAGUUUUACUUCAAUUUACCCAGCCUUAUAGUAUCUCAACGAAAAGCUGGGACAAGAAAAAUAUUUUGAAUCUUUUUUAAUUCCCUAUUCCAGUGUCUAGAAGAUGGAAGCGGAGGAUUUUGAGUCGAAACAACCGACUAAAAAACAAAACACGUUACCGUUAUGGGGCAGCGAAAGGACGAUGAACAUGAACAACAUGAUUCUUACUAACAUUUUACAAUCUCCUUACUUCAAGAACGAAUUAUACCAGCUAAAAACAUAUCAUGAGGUAGUCGAUGAGAUUUAUUAUAAGGUCGACCAUCUGGAACCUUGGGAGAAAGGGAGUCGCAAGACAUCAGGCCAAGUGGGCAUGUGUGGCGGGGUGCGGGGUGUUGGUGCUGGCGGCAUUGUCUCUACUGCAUACUGCCUCCUAUACAAGCUUUUCACCCUCCGUCUGACCAGGAAACAGUUAAAUGGCUUGCUAACGCAUACAGACUCUCCAUAUAUUCGGGCUUUGGGAUUCAUGUACAUCAGAUAUUGCCAGCCACCAGCAGACCUGUGGGAAUGGUAUGAGCCGUACCUAGAAGAUGAGGAGGAAGUUGACCCUAAAGCAGGCACUGGGUGUACCAUGACGAUGGGACAGCUUGUACGCAGCUUCCUCUUGAAGUUAGAAUGGUACGGCACCCUUUUCCCCCGCAUUCCGGUCCCCAUCCAGAAGGAUCUGGAGAAAAAGCUGAAGGAGAAGAAUCUCUGUGAUGAUCAUAAGAAAAAGGCUGAUGGGACGUGGGAGGCAACCCAAGAAAGCCCAAACAGACGACCUGGAGCUGAAAACGGUCGAGAGAACACCGAUCGGUCACGCAGAAGUGCGGAGAGUGACUCUAGACCCAAAAGGUCACGCAGCAGAAGCCGUGACCAUUCCAGUCGGCGCAACAGCCGUGACAAGUCACGCGAUCCGGACCGUGACAGACCACGUGACUCUGAACGUGACAGAUAUCGUGAUAUUGAGCGUGACAGACACCGUGACAGACGUCACAGUCGAGACCGAGAUCGCAAACGCAGCCGUAGUCGCGACCGUAGAAAAAGCCGCAGUCGAAGUCGUGACAGGAGAAGAAGUAGAAGCCGGGAGCGAAGACGAGAUGACAGAAAGAGGAGGUCACGUGAACGCAGUCCCAAGCGACGUAGUCGUGAGCGUGAAGAGUCUAGAAGCAGGCAUCGCGGAAGGUCUAACAGUAGGUAGUUCACUAGUGUUUUUUACUACAUAUAUAUCUCUCGCAAUAGAGAACUUAUCGUUAAUGUGUGGUGCUGUUACUAGCCAUGACUAAGUAGGGUUACCAUGCCAUGGCCACAUGGCUAUCUAACCGUACCAGUGACAUAGCCGUUAUUAAACCACUUCCAUUGAUUGUUGUAACGCAAUACGUUUUAGCAACUAGGACAGCGACGGUAGCAAACUAUUCGAAAAUUAAAACUGUCUGAAAUAUUUCGUCUGUUCUCCACUAAACCAUGUUGUAAAAGCAGAAAUUUUCACUAUCUGUCGUGGACGGGGACUACCUGUUUUACAAAAAAAAGGUUCUAGGCUUAUUUAAGUUUCACAGAAAGUUGAGGGUCGGAUCUCCCCGAGUGUUGCUGUUGUCCUUGCUAUUACUUCCUAAUGACCGUACCGUGACCGUACCGUGACUAUACUGUGACAACCACUGUAGUGACCGUACCGUGACCGUACCGUGACCGUACCGUGACUAUACUGUGACUACCACUGUAGUGACCGUACCGUGACCGUACCGUGACCGUACCGUAACCGUACCGUGACCGUACCGUGACUAUACUGUGACUACCACUGUAGUGACCGUACCGUGACUAUACUGUGACUACCACUGUAGUGACCGUACCGUGACCGUACCGUGACUAUACUGUGACUACCACUGUAGUGACCGUACCGUGACUAUACUGUGACUACCACUGUAGUGACCGUACCGUGACCGUACCGUGACUAUACUGUGACUACCACUGUAGUGACCCUACCGUGACCGUACCGUGACUAUACUGUGACUACCACUGUAGUGACCGUACCGUGACCGUACCGUGACUAUACUGUGACUACCACUAUAGUGACCGUACCAUCGCCGUUGUGUUCGUACCAUGGCCGUACCAUGUGCAUAUCAUGAACGUACCAUAACAGCGUGACCACAAAAACGUGAACAUUGUAAGGUGUUUUCGAGUGAUCACCCCAAGUGUUCAAAGGAGAGGUACAUUUAACGAUUCAACGGAACCAACUUUCAGAAAAAACUUAAAGGAACUUAGUCAGCUUUUAUUUUUUCUUCGUAUAGAGUGGUUUUCAAAAACCCGUAAAAUACGUUUUAGUCCAUUUAGUAAUAAUACACUGUAAUCUCUUUGUUCUCUUUUGUUCUGUCUUGACUAUUACACCUUAGCAAUUACAUUUUGUUGCACGGGAUUUUGAAAACCACUCUAAGUUACAUGCAAAAUUGCAAAAUCAUUGGCAUAAUCAGGGAAGUUAAAUUAUGUCUUUAAAAUGCCAGGAUCGUAGAUAUGUAUAUGCCUGUUUACUGACUCUAUAGCUGCUAAGUUGGCGAAAUGGCUGACUUUGUUCAGCAGCUUUUUAACACUCCCUUGCUAAAGACACCUCUUUUCGUGUUAUUCAUUUUUGUGGUCAUGCUGUAAGUCUCAUAUAGCGAGGGGAAAGCAGAUAACAUAUUACCAACCUUCGUUGCUUUGUCUACGGAAGAACCUCAUAGCCCACAUCUCGUCGCGUUUGAUUGGCUGUUAGCGAAGUUUAAUGGUGCUAUUUUUAUCGAAUGUACUUUGUAGUGAGCUUCUAGCUUUUACUAUUUAUAUAGACAUUUUGGCCUUUUUCCGAUAUAGUAGAUGAUAAAGGGACUGUACAUUAUUUAAGCCUGGAAGCAGUGGGCUUCAAAUUCUGUAAUUCUUAUUUUCUGAAAAUCUUACCAACCCUCCCCCCGAACCCCAGGUCUCCAUUUUAUGUAUUUAUCUCUAAAAGAUUCACCCGUCUGUUUUUUUCUACUUAGUCUCCUCGCCCUUAAAAAUGAUAUACGUUGCCUUACCCUUGAAUAUGGUACGCCUUUGUGUCUGAGUGGAGGUUUCUUGUCAUGCCAUAGUCACAGUGAAUCCAUUUGCGGUAGACCUUUACCUUAAUAAUGCUGUGUCUAUGCACAUUGUGUAAAGUAACCUUUUGUACACCGAAUUACAGUAGAUGAACCAUUUUUAGAGAUGUAGAGAGAGUAAAGAUGAUCAUUCACUAGCAUACUACCCUGAAACUGUAGAAGCUUUUUCCUCUACUUCAAAGACUUCUGUUGUAACGGGAAGUACUAGGUGCGUAGUUGGAGGUGGGGGGGGGGGGGGGUGGUAGAGGCAUCCGAUCUUCUGCUAAUGCCUAUCCCUAUUGAAGAUUUGCCAGUUUUUACGCCAUUUGAAAUGGUCUGCUCCCUCUUAGAAAAUCGUCGCUACGCGCCUCGUACUAAUUUGGUUUGUUAAAGUUUAAAGGCACAGUAUUAUUUUACUGUUAUACGAUCAGUAUCUUGUAUGAAAGGACAUUGUAAAUAAACAGAUCAUUUGCUUUGC